CUGCCCUGACCGCCGCGGUGCGCGCCCCCCCCGCGCUCGCUCGCAGACGCAGACGCACUUUCUGGCCCUGCGCCACCCGGUCUCGCACCCCAACUUUGCGGCCGCCGCGCCUGCCCUCGCGCACGGUGUGGGGACCGCGCAGCCGGCUCGGCCGGACAGUGGAGCCUGGGAAAGGCUCCGCGGCGCCUCGCUCCGGCUCUUUGUUGUGCGUCCGGAUGGUCCUGGGAAGUGGCUGAGCCUCCUCCUCCGAGACCCUGGGACCGGAGACCCCCAGCCGCGGAAUUCGUCCUCCGCAAAGGGCUCCAAGAUAUUGACAAGCGUCCGGGAAGGUCGCCGAGUAACUGCCCAGAAACUCUCCUGGCGGAUUGACACACGUUGCUUAUAUUAAGCCUUUGUGUGGAGGGUGUGGGGUGUGUGGCUUCAUCCAUUUGGGAACCCCGUUUCUGCUCCCUUCUCUUGGCAUGAGACUGCAUGCAGGAGCCACCCGAGGACAAUGAUCGCGGAGCCUGCUCACUUUUACCUCUUUGGAUUCAUAUGUCUCUGCUCAGGCUCCCGUCUUCGUCAGGAAGAUUUUCCGCCGCGCAUUGUUGAACACCCUUCCGACCUAAUCGUCUCAAAAGGAGAACCUGCAACUCUGAACUGCAAAGCUGAGGGCCGCCCCACUCCCACCAUCGAAUGGUACAAAGGAGGGGAGAGAGUGGAGACGGACAAAGAUGACCCGCGCUCGCACCGCAUGCUGUUGCCCAGUGGAUCUUUAUUUUUCUUGCGUAUAGUGCAUGGCCGGAAGAGCAGGCCUGAUGAGGGAGUCUAUGUCUGUGUAGCAAGGAAUUACCUCGGAGAGGCCGUGAGCCGCAACGCUUCGCUGGAGGUAGCUAUACUGCGAGAUGACUUCAGACAGAACCCUUCAGAUGUCAUGGUGGCUGUUGGGGAGCCUGCAGUAAUGGAGUGCCAGCCCCCGCGAGGCCAUCCGGAGCCUACCAUUUCCUGGAAGAAGGACGGCUCUCCACUGGACGAUAAAGAUGAAAGGAUAACUAUCCGAGGAGGCAAGCUCAUGAUAACGUACACCCGUAAGAUCGAUGCUGGCAAAUACGUCUGUGUUGGCACCAACAUGGUCGGGGAACGCGAGAGCGAAGUAGCUGAGCUAACUGUUUUGGAGAGACCAUCAUUUGUGAAGAGACCUAGUAAUUUGGCAGUAACUGUGGAUGACAGUGCUGAAUUUAAAUGCGAGGCGCGAGGAGACCCUGUGCCUACGGUGAGGUGGAGGAAGGACGAUGGCGAGCUGCCUAAAUCCAGAUAUGAAAUACGAGAUGACCAUACCUUGAAAAUUCGGAAGGUGACAGCUGGUGACAUGGGAUCUUAUACUUGUGUUGCGGAGAACAUGGUUGGAAAGGCUGAAGCAUCAGCUACUCUGACUGUCCAAGUUGGGUCUGAGCCGCCUCACUUUGUGGUGAAACCCCGUGACCAGGUUGUCGCCUUGGGUCGGACUGUGACCUUUCAGUGUGAAGCAACUGGAAACCCUCAGCCUGCCAUUUUUUGGAGGAGAGAAGGGAGUCAGAACCUGCUUUUCUCGUACCAACCUCCACAGUCCUCCAGCCGCUUUUCUGUCUCCCAGACUGGCGACCUCACUAUCACCAACGUCCAGCGGUCUGAUGUUGGCUACUACAUCUGCCAGACUUUAAAUGUCGCCGGAAGUAUCAUCACUAAAGCGUACUUGGAAGUUACUGAUGUGAUUGCAGACCGGCCUCCCCCAGUCAUUCGCCAAGGUCCUGUGAAUCAGACGGUAGCAGUGGAUGGCACCUUAGUGCUCAGCUGUGUGGCCUCAGGCAGCCCGGUGCCCACAAUUCUGUGGAGAAAGGACGGAGUUCUCGUUUCGACCCAAGAUUCGCGUAUCAAACAGCUGGAGUCUGGAGUGCUGCAGAUCCGAUAUGCUAAGCUGGGUGACACUGGUCGGUACACCUGCACUGCAUCCACCCCCAGCGGGGAGGCCACGUGGAGUGCUUACAUUGAAGUUCAGGAAUUUGGAGUUCCUGUUCAGCCUCCCAGGCCCACCGACCCAAACUUAAUCCCUAGUGCACCCUCAAAACCGGAAGUUACGGAUGUUAGCAGAAAUACUGUGACUCUGGCGUGGCAGCCGAACUUGAAUUCAGGAGCUACUCCCACGUCGUAUAUCAUAGAGGCCUUCAGCCAUGCAUCUGGCAGCAGCUGGCAGACUGUGGCAGAGAAUGUGAAAACAGAAACAUUUGCCAUUAAGGGACUGAAACCUAACGCAAUUUACCUUUUCCUCGUGAGGGCAGCUAACGCAUAUGGAAUUAGUGAUCCAAGCCAAAUAUCAGAUCCAGUGAAAACACAAGAUGUCCCGCCAACAAGUCAGGGGGUGGACCACAAGCAAGUGCAGAGGGAGCUGGGCAAUGUCGUCCUGCACCUGCACAACCCGACCAUCCUUUCUUCCUCCUCAAUUGAAGUGCAUUGGACGGUCGACCAGCAGUCCCAGUAUAUCCAAGGCUAUAAAAUUCUCUACCGGCCAUCUGGAGCUAGCCACGGGGAAUCGGAGUGGUUAGUUUUUGAAGUGAGGGCCUCAACCAAAAACAGUGUGGUUCUGCCUGAUCUCAGGAAGGGGGUCAACUACGAAAUCAAGGCACGCCCUUUUUUUAAUGAAUUUCAAGGAGCAGAUAGUGAGAUCAAGUUUGCUAAAACCUUAGAAGAAGCACCAAGUGCCCCACCCCGAAGUGUGACUGUAUCCAAGAAUGACGGAAAUGGAACUGCCAUUCUUGUCAGCUGGCAGCCGCCCCCGGAGGACACGCAGAAUGGAAUGGUCCAGGAGUACAAGGUUUGGUGUCUGGGCAACGAGACUCGGUACCAUAUCAACAAGAGUGUAGACGGCUCCACCUUCUCUGUAGUCAUCCCCUCUCUGGUUCCUGGAAUCCGGUACAGCGUGGAGGUGGCAGCCAGCACCGGGGCCGGCGCGGGGGUGAAGAGUGAGCCUCAGUUUAUCCAGUUAGAUUCUCAUGGGAAUCCUGUGUCUCCGGAAGACCAAGUCAGCCUGGCUCAGCAGAUCUCAGACGUGGUAAAGCAGCCGGCCUUCAUCGCCGGGAUUGGAGCCGCCUGCUGGAUCAUCCUCAUGGUCUUCAGCAUCUGGCUGUACCGACACAGGAAGAAGAGGAACGGCCUCACAAGUACUUAUGCGGGCAUCCGAAAAGUCCCGUCCUUUACCUUCACACCAACAGUAACUUACCAGCGAGGCGGCGAAGCUGUGAGCAGCGGAGGGAGGCCGGGACUUCUCAACAUUAGCGAGCCUGCGGCGCAGCCCUGGCUGGCAGACACGUGGCCCAACACAGGCAACAGUCACAACGACUGCUCCAUCAACUGCUGCACGGCAGGCAAUGGGAACAGCGACAGCAACCUGACCACCUACAGCCGACCAGCUGAUUGUAUAGCAAAUUAUAACAACCAACUGGAUAACAAACAAACAAAUCUGAUGCUCCCUGAGUCAACUGUUUAUGGUGAUGUGGACCUUAGUAACAAAAUCAAUGAGAUGAAAACCUUCAAUAGCCCAAAUCUGAAGGACGGGCGUUUUGUCAAUCCAUCAGGGCAGCCCACUCCUUACGCCACCACCCAGCUCAUCCAGUCAAACCUCAGCAACAACAUGAACAGUGGCAGCGGGGACUGCAGUGAGAAGCACUGGAAAGCACCCGGUCCGCAGAAACAAGAAGCGGCACCCACUCAGUACAACAUCAUGGAGCAGAACAAGCUGAACAAAGAUUAUCGAGCAAAUGACACGAUUCCUCCGACGAUCCCAUACAACCAAUCAUAUGACCAGAAUACAGGAGGGUCCUAUAACAGUUCAGAUCGGGGCAGCAGUACAUCUGGGAGUCACGGGCACAAGAAAGGGGCACGGACACCCAAGGCGCCGAAGCAGGGGGGCAUGAGCUGGGCCGACCUGCUGCCCCCGCCCCCAGCACACCCCCCUCCUCACAGCCACAGUGAAGAGUGCAGCAUUUCUGUAGAUGAAAGCUAUGACCAAGAAAUGCCAUGCCCUGUACCACCAGCACGGAUGUAUUUGCAGCAGGAUGAAUUAGAGGAGGAGGAGGAGGAAAGGGGCCCCACACCCCCCGUGCGGGGAGCAGCGUCUUCCCCGGCUGCCGUGUCCUACAGCCAUCAGUCCACGGCCACUCUGACGCCCUCCCCGCAGGAGGAACUCCAGCCCAUGCUUCAGGACUGCCCCGAGGAGGCGAGCCACGUGCAGCAUCACCCAGACAGGAGACGGCAGCCAGUGAGUCCUCCUCCACCACCUCGACCAAUCUCCCCUCCACACACCUAUGGCUACAUUUCAGGACCCCUGGUCUCAGAUAUGGAUACUGAUGCACCAGAAGAGGAAGAAGAUGAAGCUGACAUGGAAGUUGCUAAAAUGCAAACUAGAAGGCUUUUGUUACGUGGGCUUGAGCAGACCCCUGCGUCAAGCGUUGGGGACCUUGAGAGCUCUGUCACUGGGUCCAUGAUCAACGGCUGGGGCUCGGCCUCCGAGGAGGACAACAUUUCCAGUGGUCGUUCCAGUGUUAGUUCUUCUGAUGGCUCCUUCUUCACUGAUGCUGAUUUUGCCCAGGCAGUGGCAGCCGCUGCAGAGUAUGCUGGUCUGAAAGUGGCAAGACGUCAGAUGCAGGACCCUGCUGGCCGACGACACUUCCACGCGGCUCAGUGCCCUCGGCCCACAAGUCCUGUAUCUACAGAUAGCAGCAUGAGCGCCGCAGUGGUGCAGAAAGCCCGACCAGCCAAGAAACAAAAACACCAGCCGGGACACCUGCGCCGAGAGGCCUACCCAGAGGAUCUUCCACCGCCUCCUGUGCCACCACCUUCUAUUAAAUCACCCACCAUCCAGUCCAAGGCCCAGCUGGAGGUACGCCCUGUAGUGGUGCCCAAACUCCCUUCAAUAGAAGCCAGAACAGAUAGAUCGUCAGAUAGAAAGGGAGGCAACUACAAGGGCAGAGAAGCACUGGAUGGAAGACAAGUUGGCGACCCGAGAACAAAUCCAGGUGAUGCCAGAGAAGCACAGGAGCAGCAAAAUGAUGGGAAAGGACGCGGCAGCAAGGUGGCCAAGCGCGACCUUCCCCCAACAAAGGCGCAUCUCAUCCAAGAGGAUAUUCUACCUUACUGCAGACCUACUUUCCCAACGUCCAAUAAUCCCAGAGAUCCCAGCUCCUCCAGCUCAAUGUCAUCGAGAGGAUCAGGAAGCAGACAAAGGGAACAAGCCAAUGUAGGUCGAAGAAAUAUUGCAGAAAUGCAAGUACUUGGAGGAUAUGAAAGAGGAGAAGAUAAUAAUGAAGAAGUAGAGGAAACUGAAAGCUGAAGACAAGCAGAGAGGCUCUGGAGACCUAAUGUGAAAAUUAUCACUCAAGCAGCCUCAUGUCUGAGGACGCGUGACGCCAGAUAAGAUGUUCAGUGCAAUCAGAAUGUACAAAUUGUCGUUUUUAUUCCUCUUAUUGGGAUACCAUUUAAAAAAAAUUAUUGUUUUCAUUGUUUGGUCCUUAACCCUAGGAGGAACCUCUCUCUUCCCCUUGCUUUUGGAAUGUUUUCGCUUCCAGCAAAGGAAGUGUAUUGGCAUCUUGUUCCGUCAGCCAGCGAGAAAGAACAGGACGGUGCUUUUGCAUUUGGCCCCUGAGAUAUAGCACUGCACUGCUUGUUUUCAAAGUCAGUUUAUAGUAAAACAUUGAUCAGAUGUACAAGUCUGAUCAAUCAACCUCAUGCCAAGGGCUCUCAAAGUAUAAUCUUUCUAUAACCAACUGCUAAUGCAAAUUAAAGCAUACUUCAUUUUAACAUGAUUUUAAAAUGAGUUGUUUCAUACCACCCAUUGCUGGGAGAAUCCACAAAAACAUAGCAAACACAGAACUACAUGCAAUUUGAAUGGGGUAAAACCAUUGUAAAUAUAUGCUCUUUGCAAACUCUGGUGGUACUUUAUUUUGUCUUCAUUCCAAUCAUUGAAGUAUAUUCUUACUGGAAGUGUACUUUUGAAUACAUAGGGCUAAGCCAGUUGGAUCUCUGGUUAGUCAUUGUCACAAGUAAGCCUAGCAAAAACGUUGUUCUAUUUUUCAAUCAAAAAGCAAUUAUAAAUACAUAUUGCAAACAAAUAGAUGUUUUUAAUGACCAAUUGAAUAAGGACAUCCCUAUCUUAACUGGCCUAAAUUUCUUCUGGUAGUGUCAGUUCAACUUUCAGAAGUGCCACUUAAGGAAGUUUGUUUGAUUUUUGUUUUUGUAAUGCACUGUUUUUAAUCUUUUUUUUUUUUUUUUUUGGUUUUAAAAGCACAAUCACUAAACUUUAUUUGUAAACCAUUGUAACUAUUAACCUUUUUUGUCUUAUUGAAAAAAUGUUGAGAAGCGUUUUUAACCUGUUUUGUUAAUGCUCUAUGUUUGUAUUUGGAAUAUUUGAAUGACAUCAGAUGGUGAAGUAACGUGAAGAUUUAUUGUGGGCUAUGAUGAGAUGGUUCAUGCUUUUCCUGGACUUAAAGAAAAAACUGGUUUAAGUUUGUUGUGACCAAUCUUGAAACCUACAAGAUAUCCUUAUAAGCUAAAAUAGAGGCAUUACUUGCAUUGAAUUGCCAAAUGAUGCCUUCUGACUGUAGAUUUUAUGAUCCUUUUUUGUCAUUAUAUACAUUUAAUUGACUUUAUAAUUGGUGCUAUUUGAAGAAAAAUGUACAUUUAGUCAUAUACAGGUAUUAGGCCUGACCCCAUGGGAAAACAAAGCCAAACAAAACUGAACCAGAAAAAAGCCUAUGCUCACCAAUAACUAAAUGUGUUCACUUAGAUAAUUUGAAAGAAUUCCAUAGAAAGGGUGUGCAAGCUAAGGGAACAAUCCAUGUGAUUAAUGUUUUCAUUAUGUUCAUGUAAGAAGCCUCUUAUUUUUAGCCAUAAUUUUGCAUACUGAAAAUCCAAUAAUCAGAAAAGUAAUUUUGUCACAUUAUUUAUUAAAAAUGUUCUCAAAUACAU